UCUCGGGUGUUCUGUGAUUUCUCUUACGUUUAGUUAUUGUCAGCAGGUAUUUUGAAUGGAACUUAAUAAAGUUGUAUUGAACACAAGCACACAGUUGGUCCUGUUGUGUCUCGUCGCACUGAAGGCGGAGCAGCCGUCAGGUGACGGCGGCGGCUGGUCUUUGAAUUCAGAUUUCAGAUUACUGGAUGAAGGUCCUUGUAACAUCGACGUGUGGGACAGAUCUUCACUCUCACACCAACAGUUCAUUGAAAGGUAUGCGUACAGCAGACCGGUGAUCCUCAGAGGACUGACUGAUAACACGACUGUUCCUGCUCAGUCCUGGACAGUUAAACAGGCUUUAAACGGUUUGUUGCAGAGGUUCCGGUCGCUGUGCUCCAAGUCCAGCUUGCUGGAACAGUACGGGGACCGGAGGGUGCGGCUCAGCACCGCCAACACUCACUCCUACAGGAAAGUGGACGUCCCGUUUCAGGAGUAUGUGGACGUCUUACUGAGGCCUCAGUCUGCAGACGCACUCGGCAGCGACACGCUGUAUUUCUUUGGAGACAACAACUUCACGGAGUGGAGGAGUUUGUUCGAGCACUAUGAGCCUCCAUCGUACGUCCUGCCUCACACCAGUGGAGCUUACAGCUUCGGGAUCGCAGGCCCGGGAACAGGAGUCCCCUUCCACUGGCACGGCCCUGGUUACUCUGAGGUCAUCUACGGCCGAAAGCGCUGGUUCCUCUACCCGCCGGACCAGGAGCCUCAUUUCCACCCGAACCGCACCACCUUGUCCUGGGUGACGGAGACCUACCCGCACCUGCCGGAGGACGAGGCUCCGCUGGAGUGCACCAUCAGACCUGGAGAGGUGCUGUUCUUCCCCGACCGCUGGUGGCACGCCACCCUCAACCUGGACACCAGCGUUUUCAUCUCCACCUUCCUUGGCUGAGCUUCAUCUUCGGCUCUCCGGUCUUUAAGGAAUUCAUCCCUCCUGUUUUAUCAGAGUUCGUGGACGAGGCAAAACAAAAAGACUGUGAUGUUUGAGCUGAUGGACGGAUGGAGGAAGUGGGAUUGCUGGGAUCACUUUUACAUUCCAGGUGCAUCUUUUAGGACGGGAAUCCGUGUGAGGAUAGUUCAUGUAUGUCAUCGUGUACAUGACCAACAUCUGACUGUCAGUGUUGCUUCAGGAAUAAAGAUGCCUGCAGAUCA